AUGGUCGAUCACUACUCCACACAACAAGUGUAUCUCAAUAGACGUCGGAAAGUGAAUCCAUUGUCACCGAGAAAUAAUACACUCAAUUCACAUCAGUAUUAUAGCGGUUCACAUAUCACUGCCUCCAACCUAUCCAACAGCACUGAUAGCAACGCUACUAAUUAUAACUAUCUGUGGAAAGUCUGUAAAGAAAGGGGUAUUCUCUUCGAAGAUCCAUAUUUUCCGGCAAACAAUAAGGCUUUAUUAGGCAAAAGAGAGUCGUCUAAUGGGAAUAAACUAUUAUCAUCGGUGGUAUGGAUGCGUCCCUUUCAACUGGUGUCCCGACCCAAGUAUAUCACUGAAUACAACCCAAACCGACGUUUUGAUGUAGAGUUGGGCGACGCCUCUAAUUUGGUGGUCAGCUGUCAGUCCCUGUUUCACGCGACCAGUAUUUUAUACUCGGCUCCCAAACUAUUUGAUCGAGUUAUCAAUCCGUUGCAAACAUUCAAUCCGACUAAUUAUGCGGGCAUUUGGCGGUUCAGGUUCUGGAAGUUUGGCCAAUGGGUCGAUGUUGUCAUCGAUGACAGACUGCCCACAUUCAAGGGUCGACUCAUUUACAUGCAGUGUUCAGAUCCGUCUGAAUUCUGGGCCGCGCUCUUAGAGAAAGCUUACGCUAAACUAUACGGUAGUUAUGAUUAUUAUCUCAAGUAUUGUUUCACUGCACAAACCACUCAAGACCUGACGGGAGGCAUCGCUCAGAGCUUCACAAUAGCCAGUCAUGAGAGACAUAUCAUUCAUCAAAUGAUCGCUUCCGCAGUUCCGCGUUCAACACUAUUGUCCGUUUGUGUCAAUACAGGCGAUGCCAACAACUCUUCGAAUAAAUCAUUUCGGUUGAGGAAUGGAUUGUUUACUCAACAAUCAUAUAUCAUAACCGGAUUAACUCGCGUCCGAACUCUAGCCUUUGAUGACAUUCAAACGGUGGCUAAUAAUAGUAAUUAUACAACAAAUCACUUCCCAAUUCACGGCAAUCAUCCCUUCGCACAAUCACACAAUGCAUCCGAUAAUGAUGUGAUUGAAGUGCUUUUGGUUAGACUCAGGAAUGUCUGCUGCAGAGGAGAGUGGAAUGGAGCGUGGAGUGAAAGGUCCUUAGAAUGGGAUCAUCUGAGCGAUAGAGACAGAGAAGAGUUGACUAUUAGGUGCAGAACUGAAGGCGAAUUUUGGAUCUCUUUCGAUGACUUACUCAACAACUUUACAAAUCUGGAUCUCAUUCAUAUCGGGCCCGACGACUGGAUGCAGCCAUAUCGCGUGUCAUACAAGAGGGCUGUAUUGGCACGAAGAAAGUGGAAGAAGGGAUUCAAUGCGGGCGGCGGUCCGUCACAUAAGGAGACGUUUCACACAAACCCUCAGUUUCAUAUACACAUCCCUAAGAGUGGACCAAAUAAACUUCAUGUCGUCGUCUCAGUCACGCAAUUAUACGAUACAAACACAGAAUCACAAGACUUUCAUUUGCAAAGUAUAGGCUUCUGUGUGUUUGAAGUGCCGCCCAAUACUAUACGCCUGAGUCAGGCGUUUGUGGCGAAUAACGCUCCGUUGGAUAUCACAGACUUCACGGCCACUCGAGAAUCGGUCACAUUCUUUACGUUACCUUCCGGUGACUUCAUUAUAGUGCCGACGACUGAUAAACCCAACUGCGAGACAAAGUUUCUCUUGAGAUUAUUCACUGAUGAGAGCACUAAUAUAUGGGAAGUCAAUGACGACAACAUUAUCUUUGCCUUAGAUUCACAAAUACCCAAAAUCGUUGAAUCUAUAGCUCAGAAUGGAAGUAAUAUAAUGACAAGACUUAUGACAAAACUUCCACAAGAGUUGGACGCAUAUAUUCUGCUUAAAGUACUUAAGAUUUAUUGCAAACCAUUUAACAUACUAUACGAGAAGCCAAGUCUGGAGUUGUGUCGCUAUUUAGUUAUGUUAAGGGAUCCGACGAUAACCGGCAAAAUAUCUGUCAAGAAUGUGAUCACAAUUCUUAAUAUUCUGCACUUUUGGAGAUCAAUAUUUACAAAACACCAAAUCGGCAGUAAAAACAAAAUAUAUUGUCAUAAUCUCCGCAAUCUAUUAUACGAAUCGGAUAAAGGAAUAUCGGUGUCCAACAAAGUGUUGGAAACUUUGUUGAUUCGCUACUCAGACAACUCAACGUAUCUAACAUUGGAGUCUUUCAUUCAAUCUCUGGUCAAAUUGCAUCUCUCACACGAACGUUACAAAUCAUUGGAAAGAAAAGGAAAACAUAAUAGCAUUACAUUAGAAGAGAUGAUCCUAUCGACAACUAUGAAGGUCGUUUUGAAAUACUGCAAAUCCACUUCCUUUUGUUGUAAUGCUUCUAAUGGUUCCAAUGGUUCUAAUGUCUCCAAUGGUGGUAAAGAUUGCAAUGUUUGUGAUGGUUCUAAAAGCACUUUCUGCACCUCUUCUUCUGUCACUACUUUUUCGGAGAUUAAAACCGAGCGCUCGCCUCAACUUUUUCCAGAAGAUCUCUUGAUCUCUUUGACUGGUAUUCCACUGCAAAUAGAUUCGUGUUUUGAGCAGAAAGUAGAGCUGUGGGGCCACUACUGA